AUGGAAUCGCCAGGUCCGCCGCCGCUGUAUACGCCGGCGAUCUCUCAAGACGCGAAUAUCGUGGACGAGGACGAUCAGUUGCUGCUCUGCCAAGACGGAUACGCGUGGGACUACGUCCUGGUGUUUCCUGCGCUUCCAAUGUCCCCACUUGGCGAAGUGUUUCACCGACUGCAUUUGCCAACGAAGAAGGCCAAGACCACGACGCCCACGGUGGACGAGAUCUACUACCGCCUCAAGAAGGCCGGGUUGACCCUCAAGCUCGCGUGUCCGUCCGCGUCGUCCAGUAGCCGCCAUCUCUUUUGCUUGGUGCGCGGGUCUCGGCAGAUUCUUGCGCGAGAAGCCGAUCGCAUCGACCUCCUCAUGCCCAUGGACAAGGACAAACUGCGUGACGCGUCGCAUCGAGGGUUUCCAAACUGUGGAAUCGCACCAUUCCCCAUCGACGACCCGUUGCACCAGUUCAAGCUGUCUCCGUACGACUCGAUCUACUUUCGAUACACGUGUCGCGAUGACAUGCAACCGUUGUACGCCAAGCAAGGCCCCCACGACGCCCUCUUUACAAGCAGCCAGCGCAUUCUCCUUCUCGAGAGCAUCAUGACCAAUCGACAUGGCGGCGCGGGGCUGAACCUUGACAAGUUGAAGCACUCGAACGUCGUGACGACCUACUUUUCACUGCACGACGUGGCAGAGCUUUCGAGGGUGACAACAUCGUGGCUGCAGUGGGGUCAGUAUCCAUGGCAACAACCUCUGCAUGCCAUCCAACGGUACUUUGGCUCACGGAUUGGCUUGUACUUUGCGUUCCUUGGCUAUUAUACAACAUGGCUCAUCGGGGCGGGCGCCGUGGGGCUGGUGCUGUGGCUCGUAGAGUUGUCCGACCGCCUCCCUAAGGACAUUGUGGUGGCUAUCACGAGCACACUGGUGAUUAUUUGGGCGACGAUCUUUCUCAAGUCAUGGAAACGGAGAGCUGCACGGUUGGCCUUAGAGUGGGGAACGUCCAACUUCAGCACGCUAGAGCAAGUUCGUCCGCAGUAUGUGGGGCAAAUGCUGCCGAGUCCAGUCACAGGACAGCCCAUGCUGUACUUUAGCAAACGAGAAAAGAGCCGUCGACGAUGUCUCACGUGGCUGCUGCUCACGUGUUUGAUUGCGUUGGUGGCGGCGGUGGUGACGGCGAUUUUCUACUUGCAAUUUGUCAUGCUGGAGCGCGGGUACUCGAUUCGCGUGGGGCCAACCGAAGUCGUGUUGGCUGGGCCGGUCACUUCCUUGGCCAACAUUGUGCAGAUCCACGCCAUGUACUACGUGUACAACCAACUCUGCGAAGCGAUGAACGAAUAUGAAAACCACCGCACGCAGUCAUCUCAUGAAGGGUCGUUCAUUGUCAAAUCGGUGCUCUUUCACGCGGUCAACAACUUUGCCGGGCUGUUUUACAUCACGUUUGUCAAGACGUACGUAGGGGCCGCGUGUGCUGGAAAUGAUUGCAUGGGGGAAUUACGACUGUACCUGCUCAUGAUCUUCUGCUUCCAACUGGCAAAUGGAUUGGUCCAUGACUGGGUGGUUCCCCAUGUACGAGUGCUGUACAGCCAAUGUCGCGCCCGUGGGACGUCCGCCGCGGUGUCGUCGAAGGUGGAAGCGCAGUUUUACCUGCUCGACUACAGCUGGCGCGUGACGUUCAACGAGUACUUGGGCUUGGCCAUGAAAUUCGGGUUUACGAUCCUCUUCCUUGGCGCGUCUCCGGCCAUGUCGUUGCUCACGCUCCUGAACAACUUGAUCGAAUUACGCUCGGACUCGACCAAUCUAGUGAUGAAUCACCGCCGCCCGUUGCCACGCCAAGCGUCCACUUGUGGGCAAUGGACCACCGUGCUGGAAUACCUCGUUACAUUGUCGACACUCACCAACGGAUUUGUCGUCGUGUACGCGUCGAAUGCGCUCGUGGUCAACACAAACGACCCAGGAGCGAGGCUGGUGCAACUUCGUGCAUUUGGGGGCUUCGUCACUGCGAUGCUCGUCGUUCGCUACGGAGUCACAACUUGGAUCAAGGACGUUCCGCACGAUGUUGCGAUUCAGUUGAAACGGCAAGCAUUCUUGGCCACGAAAGUCUACGUCCGGGAAGCCGACGAUGUCGUGCCUGUGUACGAGUCCAUGGGCAGUGUCCGGCUUCUCCCAGUAGACAGUGCGUCCCCAGUGUGA